CGGCAUCUAAAAAAGUUGGGCAACCCAUACAUUGGCUUUGGUGAGCAGGAAUUGAUCCCAAGGAGUGUUACCUCUUUCUUUUCUCUCGUGCAGGUUGUAAGAAACGCAAUCAUGGCGAAGAACUGCCACAACGACCACAAGAUGAAGUUUUCUCUGGAGGAGGAGUUCCCAGACCUUUCCCUGCACAACAACCAUAUGGCCAAGGUGCUGACCAAGGGAAUGUACGAGAAGCUGAGGGGCAAGUCUACCCCUAGUGGCUUUACCCUGGAUGACUGCAUUCAGACUGGUGUAGACAACCCCGGCCAUCCCUUCAUCAUGACUGUUGGAUGUGUUGCUGGUGAUGAGGAGUGCUAUGAUGUCUUCAAGGAUAUGUUUGACCCCAUCAUUUCUGACCGUCAUGGAGGCUACAAGCCUACUGACAAGCACCACACUGACCUGAACUUCGAGAACCUGAAGGGAGGUGAUGAUCUGGACCCCGCCUACGUGCUGUCCAGCCGUGUGCGCACAGGCCGUAGUAUCAAGGGAUACACCCUGCCCCCCCACAACAGCCGUGGUGAGCGCAGAGGUGUAGAGAAGCUGUCCAUUGAGGCUCUGGCUUCCUUGGAUGGUGAGUUCAAGGGCAAGUACUACCCCCUGAGUGGUAUGACUGAUGCUGAGCAGGACACACUGAUUGCCGACCACUUCUUGUUUGACAAGCCCGUCUCUCCCCUGCUGCUGUCCGCUGGAAUGGCUCGUGACUGGCCUGAUGGCAGAGGCAUCUGGCACAAUGACAACAAGACCUUCUUGGUCUGGGUGAAUGAGGAGGAUCACUUGCGUGUCAUCUCUAUGCAGCAGGGAGGCAACAUGAAGGAGGUUUUCAAGCGCUUUUGUACUGGUCUGCAAAAGAUUGAGGCCAUCUUCAAGAAGCACAACCAUGGCUUCAGUUGGAAUGAACAUCUGGGCUACGUCCUGACCUGCCCCUCCAACUUGGGAACUGGCCUGCGUGGUGGUGUCCAUGUCAAGCUGCCCAAGCUGAGCGUACAUGCCAAGUUUGACGAGAUCCUGAAAAGGCUGCGUCUGCAGAAGCGUGGAACAGGUGGUGUGGACACUGCCUCUGUGGGUGGAGUCUUUGACAUCUCCAACGCUGACCGUCUGGGAUCCUCCGAGGUGGCACAGGUGCAGAUGGUCGUCGAUGGAGUCAAGCUCAUGGUUGCCAUGGAGAAGAAGCUGGAGAAGGGAGAGUCUAUUGAUGACAUGAUCCCUGCUCAGAAGUAAAUGGAAGUAAUGCAUCUUUUGUAUUUUCAAAAUAAGUAAGACAUCAAACCAUCAGACAAGGGAGCAGCCAGGAAGUCUUUUCCUCCCUGAUGGUUUCAAAAGACACUCAACCUGCUCCACGUCUUGUUCUUCCUUAGUUUCUCUCUCUCAGUCCUUUCAUUUUUUCCUAUUCUGUCACCUCUUCCCAUUUUUUUUGGAACAUCCUGGGAUCAAACUGCCACACAGAGGGGACACUGAACAUGUGUUCACCUAAGCUUCAAACUAUUUGGAUGUAAAGUAAUUGAAUAAAAAAAAAGCCCCAUUUAACAGA